AUGGUCGAUACUGGUGCCAUACCAAUUGACAAAGGCGCUCCAUCGUUAGUAUUCGCGACAAUCCAGCAAAUUUCAAAUGACGAGAAAAAAGGACCGAGCAUUGAGACAGUAUCAGAGGAGCCGUAUUCAAUAUUCACAUCUGCCGAGAAGAAAUGGAUCAGCCAUAUUGCGUCCUUCGGCGCCAUGUUUUCCACCUUGAGCAGUUACAUUUACGCGCCAGCCUUAGUACCUACGGCCACGGAUCUCAACGUCUCUGUUGCGCUCAUUAAUCUCACUGUCACCUCGUACCUGAUUAUAGCAGGCAUUGCACCAGCCUUCAUGGGCGACAUCGCCGAUCAAGGCGGUCGAAGGCCUGUAUAUAUCCUCAUGUUUACUCUCGUGGUUACGUCAAAUGUUGGAUUAGCGCUGCAGAGUUCGUAUCCUGCUUUGCUCAUUUUGGGUAUGGUACAAAGCGCGGGAGCAUCUGGGUCUUACAGCGCUGCUUGUGGGAUUGUUGCAGACAUUACAACAAUCGACGAACGCGGGCCCUACGUAGGAUCUACGCUGGUUUUAUUGCAAAAUACCAACGCUGCUCCAAGUUUUGGUCCGGUCAUAGCCGGGCUUCUCACUGAGAAGUUAAGUUGGAGAUGGAUAUUCUGGUUUUUGGUCAUAUUGACCGGUACUUACCUGCUCGUCGUUGUCACCCUGCUAUCUGAGACACAACGUCGUACUGUCGGCAACGGAAGUGUGAAGACCCAAGGAGUUCAUAAAAUCCAUGCCCUGGAUCAAGAUGAAAGACUACAAGGCAGCAAGCGGCGGUACCACAUCCCCAACCCUUUCAAGUGCAUCCCGAUGUUGUUUUCCAAGGGCAACUUUACAGUUAUCUUGAUGGGUUCUAUAACUUACGCGGCCAAAAUGACAUUGCAGAGCUCACUGUCAGCUCAGUGUAUUGACGUCUACAACUUGAACUAUCUAGAGGCGGGGCUCAUUUAUCUACCUUCAGAGGUAGGAGGUGCUCUAGCGUCUUACACGACAGGUAAACUUCUGGACAGAAACAUCCAGAAAGUGUCCGCCAAACAGGGAAGAGAUAGCCCAUAUCGUCGAGAUAACGAUAUAUCGGACUUUCCGAUCGAGGAGGCACGCCUCGCCGGUAUCUACAUGCUAGUUGCUCUCAUCUCAGUGACCACUGCAGGCUAUGGAGUGAGCCUUAUGCAAAGUUUGAUUUGCGGCACCCUUCUUACGGACUUGAACCCCGAAGCAUCAGCAACAGUCCAGGCGUCGUACAAUUUUAUACGGUGCAUAGGAGCUGGCGCUGCUAUUGCGGCUCAGCAGCCCUUGACAAACACCACGGGCUUAGGGUGGAGUUUUGGCAUGUUUUCACUCAUCAUGUUAUUUGCAGCCCCCUUUGCCAUGCUGCUCGAGAAGAGGGGCCUAGAAUGGAGGGCUUCCGCUCUGUCUCACAGGCCAUAG